AUGUCUUAUAAAUUUGGCAAGUUUGCCAUCAAUAAAAGUGAGCUCUGUCUAGCAAACGUUCUACAGGCUGGCCAAUCCUUCCGAUGGAUUUGGGAUGAAAAGUUAAAUCAGUACAGCACUACUAUGAAAAUAGGCAUGAAAAAAAAGUAUUCAGUAGUGAUUUUGAGGCAAAAUGAAGAGGAUGGGCUCCUAGAAUUUGCUGCUGUCGGUGACUAUGACGAUCAGGACGUCUUAAGAACCCAUUUAACGCAUUAUUUUAGAUUGGACGUGUCACUGAAACAUUUAUUCGAUAAUGUCUGGAUUCCGAGCGACAAUACUUUCAAAAAACUUUCCCCACAAGGCAUUCGUAUCUUGGCUCAGGAGCCAUGGGAGACGUUGGUUUCUUUUAUUUGUUCCAGCAAUAAUAACAUUUCGAGAAUCACGAGAAUGUGUAAUAGCCUUUGUUCUAAUUUCGGUAACCUGAUUACAACAAUAAAUGGUGUCACCUACUACUCCUUUCCUACGAGUGAGGAGUUGGCUUCUCGUGCAACUGAAGCUAACUUACGUGAAUUGGGAUUUGGCUAUAGGGCGAAGUAUAUCAUCGAAACCGCAAAAAAAUUGGCAAAGGAUAAAGCUGAAUGUAAUAUUGCUUGUGACACCGAGUAUCUUCAAAAUUUAUGCAAGGAUGCUCAAUAUGAAGAUGUUAGAGAAUGCCUCAUGUCCUACAAUGGUGUAGGUCCCAAAGUUGCUGAUUGUGUUUGUCUAAUGGGACUACACAUGGAUGGUAUUGUUCCCGUAGAUGUCCAUGUGAGUAGAAUUGCGAAGAGGGACUACCAAAUAUCUGCAAGCAAGAAUCAUAUUAAAGAUUUAAGAGCAAGAUACAAUGAUUUACCUAAUACAAGAAAAAAAAUCAAUCCUGAGCUUGACCAUAUUAGAUCAAUGCUUUUGAAGAAGUGGGGAUCGUAUGCUGGUUGGGCCCAAGGUGUUUUAUUUUCAAAAGAGAUUGGAGGCACCAGUGGUAGCACUACAACUGGCGAAAUAAAGAAGAGAAAAUGGGAUGUGAUUAAAGAAACAGAAAAACUUGUUACCAAACAAGUGAAGAUGGAAGUAAAUUUGUCUGAAGUUCACAUUAAGGAAGCAAAAAUUGAUUAG